AUGCCGUCCAUCUUGGCGCUGGCACGUCGCGCUGUAGUGCGGCCGCUCGGCCUUUACGUUGCCAAGUUGACUUAUUACACGACCGCCGCCGUCGCAACGCCUCGCCUCCCAGGCGUCAUCGAGCCGUCGGCGCAGGAGCUCGCCAACAAGCGUCUCGACGCGCGCAACCUCGAGAAAGCCGUCCGCCACGUCCAUCGCGAUGGGCUCGUCGUGGUUAAUGGGCUUGCCCCCCACGCCGAGCUGGACACGCUCAACGCCCGGAUGGUCGAGGACGCGCUCGUGCUGCAGGCCCGUGGCGAGAAGGGCCCGUUCAACUACAACCAGGGCAACUUGCAGCUGGACGCGCCGCCCGUGUCCGAGUUUUUCUUUCCGUCCAUCUUUGCCAACAGCAUCGCCACGCAAAUCACCUCGUCUGUCCUUGGACCGCGUCCGCAAUGGACCUUUUGCUCGGCCAACGCCGCCAUGCCCCCGCCGCUGCCGUCCGGCGCGUCUGCGCAGAGACAGCCCGUCCACGCGGACGCCGACUUCGCGUUCCCGUCGCACCCGUUUGCGCUCGUCGUCAACGUGCCGCUCGUCGCCAUGGAUGCGCGGAAUGGCUCCACAGAGGUUUGGCUCGGGACGCACACGCAAGACGCGUCCGCGCAGGAAGGCGCCCACGGCGAGCGAGCGAGCGGGCGCAUCAAAGAGUCGUUGCUGAGGGACGGUGGCUUUGAGCCGGUGCAGCCGAGCGUUGACAAGGGCGCGGUGGUGAUUCGCGAUCUGAGGCUGUGGCAUGCGGGGAUGCCGAACUGGUCGGCGGAUGUGCGCAUCAUGUUGGCCAUGAUUCACUUUGCGCCGUGGUAUAGGAACCGCAUGAGGCUGGAGCUGAGCGAGGACGUAAAGCCCCUCCUCGAGCAGUUGGAGACGAGAGGCGAGUUGGGGCUUGAGGUGCCCGUGGACUGGGUGACACGGGAGGAGGCGUUGGGGAGAUAUAUGAAUCGCGGCUUUGGGAAUAGCUAUGACUUUGAUCAGGAGGCCUAGGUAUGUCAAAGCACGAUAGAUACAUCAAUAUGAUGGCACUCUCAAG